CUUCUUCCAUCUGCUCAUAUAAAUAGCCCGAAGAAGCCCUCAGGAACCUCACCCCAUUUCUUGAUCUCUCUCGGCUUCGGUUUCGGUUUCGGUUUCGGUUUCUUGGAACCCUCCGCUCCUUUCUUCUCGAUUCAAUCCGCACACGUUGUUUUUGAAUCCUUCCACCGAUUUCUGUACUGGUAGGCGAUCGAUCGAUUCCGCGCACUUUUUGAAUGUCGAUUUGAGCGGGUGCACCCUGGAGGACGGUUUCUUGGGUUCUGAUAUGGAGCAGAGGACGGGGGGGUGACCGGAGUUACCUUCGAUGAAUUCCCUUAUUGCCUUAGGAUCAUACCAGGUGGACCCAUUUGAUCCUUUAAUAGAGGAAUCUCAACUGCAAACUGCCAAUCAGAACAUGAUAUUGUCCAUACUGUAUGGCAGAACUGUAAAGUACAACUUCUUUGUGAACUGAACCAAAAAAUGAAGCUGCUAGCCUCAGCUCCUUUAUUAUCAUAUCUGGUAGUUCUUUUCUUCGGUCUCCCUCGUCUUCGGUUCCAAGAACCUCAGAAAUAGUUAUCAUAUCUAGCAGUUCUUCCAUGCGCCAACCUAGAAGCUACUUUAUAUGUUUGCCAUACUAGAAGAUCAACUAUUCAUGCGGCUGAAUGAGAGAGUUAUUCUGAACCCAUUCCUCUGAGUGAUUAAUCUUGACGUGGAUUAUGAGGGUUAAAAUGACCUUCCAAUUUUGAGCACAGAAUUAUGGUUGGGCUACCAUCUCAGGAGAGCAGGGAAUCAAUAUUAAGGAAGCUUUUGUCAAAAGAAAAGGUUGAAGGACUCUACUACAAGGAGCUUGCAGCAGUCACAGACGGAUAUACUGGUAGUGAUCUUAAGAAUCUCUGCAUUACAGCAGCAUAUCGUCCUGUUAAGGAGCUGAUUCAGAAAGAGAGAAAGAACAAAGGAAUUGAUAUUCAUGCGAAGCAUGCUUGCCUGGAUUUGUGCGUGGAGUAAGAUGCGAUGCUUGUCUGGAUUUAUAGAGUUCACCUUUUCUUUUUAUUUUUUGACUUUGUCAAUACAGAUUUAAAGCAUCUCAAUUGCGUAGAGUCAGUUUCUGUUUUUAAAUUGCUUUCUUCUGGUGAAUUUUGUUGGUGACUUGGUCUAGUGACGUUUUGAGUUACAAUUGGUGUGAUUUUGUCCAUCAAACACUAUAUAGAAGUGGCUGCUGUUUACUCCCUUUUUGGCUUGUAGUUUUAUGCCUGGAAUUUGAUGAGUUUGGUGGUUCUUCUCUUAGUUUCUACUUAAGACAUGGAAUAACUACUUAGUCA